UUUGUGACAGAGGGUGUUAUGUUGUGGCGGCAGCGUCUCUUUAUCUUCCGGGUCGCGUUGCGUUGAUAUUUUGAAUCGGAUUUACACGCUGAUUAAACGUACAUUUUAGUAAGUUUAGACACGACAAAUGCAGUUGUUGUCAUUAUGGUAAACCUGCUUUAAAUCAAUAAGAUUCUGACGAUUAAAUAUCAAAGAUAAAUAUGAGUGGUGGAUUAGCGCCCAGCAAAAGCACUGUUUAUGUGUCUAACAUCCCAUUCUCCUUGACUAACAGCGAUUUGCACAAGUUAUGCUCGAAAUAUGGCAAGGUAGUGAAGGUUACUGUUGUCAAAGACAAGCAGACACGGAUGAGUAAGGGAGUGGCGUUUGUGCUGUUCCUAGACAGAGAGUCUGCUCAUAAUUGCUCCCGAUCACUGAACAACAAACAGUUGUUUGGGAGAACGGUGAAGGCCAGCAUCGCCAUCGACAAUGGGAGAGCUACAGAAUUCAUCAGAAGGAGAAACUACUCCGACAAAUCCAAAUGUUAUGAAUGUGGGGACGAAGGGCACUUGAGUUACGCUUGUCCUAAAAAUUUACUUGGAGAGCGAGAACCUCCACCUAAAAAGGAAAAGAAAAAGAAGAAAAAGUUGCAGCAGCCUGAGGAGCCAGAACCAGAGGACAGUGAGGAAGAAGGAGAGGAUCCAGCACUGGACAGUUUAAGUCAGGCAAUUGCUUUCCAGCAAGCACGCAUUGAGGAGGAGGAGAAGAGAAGGAAGCAGGUCACAGAGGAUGUGUCUCAAGCAUCUACAUCAGAGGACACCCACAAACCCAAGAUCAAAAAGAGCGCCUACUUCAGUGACGAGGAGGAGCUCAGUGACUGACUCAUACUUUUAUGUGUUCGGAACACAUCGCCUCUUCUCAACCACUCUUACCUAUUGAGAAGGUUACAUAUUGAUCUGAAUUUCUAAUUUUGUCAAACUGUGUUGCGGAAAUUCUGCUUACCUUCAUCUGAGAUGUUUGUUAUCAUUUUAUGCUCCUCAUUCAGAUAAUUACACCUCCAAAUAUCGGGUAUGUAGUAAUGGGAUUUAAAGAUCCUGCAGAAAAGUUCUGUAAUUUUUAUCUUGUAAAUAAAGUGUAGUUUUGUGUGUUUCACAAUUACAUUCUUGUUAUUGUUCCAGGAAGCAUGGAAAAUAAACGAUUUUAAAAUAA